CCUAGUGUUGGAUGGAAACGCAAACGCAAGGGAAACACAAUCAGUUUGUCGCUUCAAAUUUCAGCUGCAGUUGUUCAGUUCAGUUUUGUUCCGCAGCAGCGUAGAUUCGCUUUGUCCGUCGUGAAAGAUUAGCUCGUUGGUCCGUGAUUGGAAUCGAUUCGACUAGACGGGAAUCAUUGGAGAUUCCACGCAGUUAUGUGAGAGGGAGUGUUCGGCAUUCAGGUACCAAUUUACCGAUUCUGUGCGUGCGCCGUAGCGAAAGAAAAGUGUCACAAAAGUGAAAAGGGUGAAAAGUCCCCCUUUUGAAGUCGUCAAGAGAAAGGGCAUUUUUUCUUCAAUGAAGUCAAGAAGCAAAUAACUGUGCAGUGAUGUAAACAUAUUAAAAAAUCCAGAUAAAGAGUGAAUGGCUCAGUGAGAAUCCGGAUUACCUAUAACUUCCUCCAGCACUAGCCAUCCAAAACAUCCAGCGUUAAGAAAGGAAGCAGUCAAAAUUUUCCUCAAUACGAACCUGUCGGAAGCUGCCUCGUUGCUUCUGGCCGUGGCAGAAAUGGACGAAGAGGAGGAGGUGGCCGACAUCCGGGAGCAGAUAUUUCACAACACCGUUCGGGAGCAUAUCAUUUUCCUACUACUGUUUCUAUUGCUAUAUCUCGGAAGUUUUGCAUUGAUAGGUCGCUUCAGACGUCGCGACCGAGAGGAUUUAUUCUCCACUGACGACGAUGAGAUUACCGUUUAUAGGAUUAGUUUAUGGUUGUGCACAUUUUCAUUGGCCGUGGCGGUGGGUGCAGCACUGCUCCUGCCAAUUUCGAUUGCCAGCAACGAGGUACUGAUACUGUACCCCAACAGUUACUACGUGAAGUGGCUCAACAGUUCACUGAUUCAAGGUUUAUGGAAUCACGUGUUCCUGUUCUCCAAUUUGGCGCUGUUUGUGCUGCUUCCGUUUUCCUACCUGUUCACCGAGUCCUCCGGCUUCAGUGGCCACAAGAAGGGACUGAUGGCACGGGUCUACGAGACGUUUACCGUGUUCUCGUUGCUGGCAUUCAUCGUAUUCGGCAUGACAUAUGUCAUCUCGGCGCUGCGGGAUCCCGAACGGAACACCUUCCAGGCGCUGUUCAACCUGGGAAAAUAUCAUCUGCCAUUUCUAUACUCAUGUGUAUCAUUUUUAGGAGUACUUUUAUUGUUAGUUUGUACCCCCAUGGGCUUCGUAAGACUGUUCGGCGUCGUCGGCCAAGUGCUGGUCAAGCCGAACUUGCUUCGUGAUGUCAACGAAGAAUUCAACGCCUUCAAUCUCGAGGAGGCAACCGUGCGACGGAAGCUGGCAAACGCCAACAUUAACAUUGAGCUGAAAAGCGUAACGACGGUCGAUUCGGCACCGUCCAAACUGUGCGCAGACCUGGAGGAUUUGUAUCAAAUCCGACCGACAAACGGCGGCGCCGUCAACGAGUCCACCAAACUUUUCGAAAGACUGAGAGAGCUUGAGGCUGAACGAAAACUAUUAGAUAAGCAACGCAGUUCGUCAGCGUUGCAGAGAAAUCUUGUCUAUCCGGUAGCAAUGUUGCUAUUGCUUCUACUGACCGGAAUCACCGUAUUGCUGGUGGUGCAGAAUACGUUGGAGUUGCUCAUUGGAAUCAAAGCCGUUCCACUCAGCACUCGGCAAUUCACCUUGGGAAUCACUUCCCUCUCGAAGCUAGGGCCCCUGGGAGCAGCCCUGGAGGUAUGCAUCAUCAUGUAUCUGGGGGUAACCUCGGCGGUUGGCCUCUACACAAUGCCAUUCAUGCGAAACGUUCGCCCUCAGCGACGAAAGACAUCCCUGUGCCAGUUGAUCGCCAACUGUGCGCUAGUGUUGAUCCUCAGUUCAGCACUGCCGUUGCUUUCGCGUAUUCUUGGAAUCACCAACUUCGAUCUGCUGGGCGACUUCGGCCAAAUCGAGUGGCUCGGAAACUUCAUGAUCGUGCUGCUGUACAACGUCAUCUUCGGAACGGCGGCCACGCUCUGUUUGGUCAACAAAUUUACGGCCACUGUGCGGCGGGAGCUGUGCGCACGAUUGAAGGCCUUGUUUGACUAUGGUGGCCAUUUGGAGUCCAGUCUUCACCAAAGUUCACUGCCUCAUCUGGCGACUUACGGUCACCAGCUGCAUCCAGCGUCGCAAACCGGAGCGAAUGGACAACCUUCAAGCAGUCAUCACCACGUAGUUUUAGAGUCCAGUGACAUGGUCGUUACGCAACGACCGAACCAUGCCGACGAAAAUGUUCCCAAUGAACAAAAUCGCCAUGCGAUCCCAAGCAACGGGUCGGAAGAUAAGAAAUCCAUGUAAAUUUGGCCAGCACUACUGUAAAAUCUUAACGAGUGUGAUAUCAGCAUUUUUCAAACACAAUAUCAACGGAACAAGGAAAAUUGUCAGUAUCAGUAUUCUAUCCUCAUGUGAAUAACUCAAAGCUCAAAUAAAACCGCAUAAACAUUAGCUCACGUGUGAAAAAAUAA